UGGCUGGGCUGGCUGCUGGCAGGGCUGGCUCCGCGCUCGGCCGCGAACCGGGGCGUGUGGCCAGUCAUCCCCAUGAUUUCCGCUCGUAUGAUGCCGGUCCGAAAAUCGAAAGUUCACUGCUCCACAUGUCGCACAGCAGAUCCAGCCCGCGACCCCUGUCCAUCCAACGGCGCAUACUCGUACAGACGAGCAUGCCCAAGCCCGUGGCAGUUUUUGCUCCCAUUCCCGCCGAGAGAGCCCGAGGCGAGAUGCCCAUGCGGGAGGAAAUCCGCGAUGCCAGGUCGGGUAUAUCUAUUGGGAUGCUUCUGCUCGUGGUUAUGUGCACUCACGCUUUUGGAGCCUCAUCAUCCCACCCACAAGUACAUCAGAAUAGAUCGCCAUCUCACAAAGCAAAUACCACCCGGGUCAACAUCACGCCUUUUUUGGUCUCCCCGGAAAUCAGUUGCAGUCGCCAUCGAUCACCCAACAUCCUACACACAACACAAACCACCCGACAUCGACAUCGACGCACUCCACCCUUGUUCAACCCAUCCCCCGCGGCUUGAGCAACCAGCAGAAGUCUCCAGAAGCCUCCCACCCAGAGCGGAAACCAGUACAUAGCAAUAUCUAGCGGACUCGCAUCACCACCUGGGCGUAUUCACUCCCCAGGAUCAGCCAAUCAAAUGGAUAAUUUCGAUAUAUCAGACCUAGAAGGUGUCACCCAACAAUCCUUGCUGUUCGGCACCUACCCUCAACCCCAGCCUUCCACCAUCAAACGACAACAGAACACUCAAUCAAACUUCAACAACCUCUCCCUCUACAACUCGAUAGAGGACUGGAGUGCCGCCGAUCUCACCACCGACUCGGCGCCGUCUCCGGGAUCAGCAUCACCCCUCUCCCCCAUCUUCCCUGGCUUCGCCUCCUCCUUCACCACCGGUGACGAGUGGACCUCCUGGGACAAGCUCGAGCAGUCCCCCGACUCCGACUUCUUCCUCAAAAACGAGCUCCUUGACAGCCCCGACCUGGCAUCGAUCCCUGUCAUGAGCCCGAGCCUGAACCCCAUGGACGCAUCCAACCCCGGCCUGGACGACGUUGUGCAGUUCGGCAGUGAGGGUGUCAACGACACAAGGCCCUUGUUCCAGUCGCCCCAGAUGAACCUCGACAUGCCAUCACGCCAACAACCAUCGAUGUCUGCCCAGGCCCCAGCCACAGGCCUCCCCACCCCCCCAGAGCCAACACAAGCCAACCAGCAGAGGCGAUACCCGGCUCGCGCAAACCUCAAGAGGAAGUCCUCGUCAGACGACGAUGCCUCCUCGCCAUCCUCACCCCGCUCAUCCUGCUCUCCACCACCACCCCAGCGCCGCCACACCGCGCCGUCCACAAAGGAAGAGUCCCCCGCCACGACCACAGCCUCCAAGCCUGCCCUCGGCCCCAAGAAGACAGCACACAACAUGAUCGAGAAGCGGUACAGGACAAACCUGAACGACAAGAUCGCCGCUCUGCGGGAUAGCGUCCCGGCCCUGCGGGUGAUGGUCCACAGGCUGGAGCACGCAGACGACGACGUCAACAACUCGGGCAACAUCAUGGACGAGAUCAAGGCCGAGGCGGGCCUGGACAUGGAGGACGACCUCGGCGGGGUGACGCCCGCACACAAGCUCAACAAGGCCACGAUCCUGAGCAAGGCCACCGAGUACAUUGCCCACCUGGAGAGGAAGAACCGGUCGCUGGCCAAGGAGAACUCGGCCCUGAGGAAUAGGGUAGAGGGCUUCGAGAUGCUGGUCAUGUCAUCGAGGGGCGGGCACUCGCAACGGCCCAUGUGGCAGUAGACUCUGGUGGCAUGUUGAUCGGUAUAUCUUUUAUUGGGAAGCAAGGGCCAGGCGUUCGAGGCAGUGGGUCAUCUGCUUGGCAAGGGCCAUACGAUUCAUGGAAUUAAAACAGGCGUCUUGGGGAACCAUAGGCACACAGGACAUUGGGCAAGGCCUGCUUAGGAAUACAAGCGGCCGCAAAAGAAUUGCAUUGCAUAGAGAAUUCAAGAAAUUAAUCGCAGCCUUCCAGCCUUGUCUGUGCGGUACGAGGCUCAGCCACGUGCCCACAGACGUACGGUAUUCUCUUUCCACUGUUAUUGGCACUGUAUUUCUUCAGACGCUGGGUCUUGAGCGUUUACCACUGUAUGAAGGCGCCACGUACAUUUUACAUGUAUGGGGAUUGAAAACGAAACCACCCUAAUCGCACAAGUUUUCAGAUUCAGCAACUGGAUCGUAUCAGUCCCUGCGGUGUCUCAUCAGCGUGUGCGAACAAGUGAACCUUGUCUGAGUCAUAUUUCGAUAACUUACAUGGGAAAAUGGUUCUCGGUGUCCCACCGCCGUACCUCCUCCUACGCCUUGGUCGUCAGAAACAGCAUGUCAGUCUCCACUCUGAUUAGAUGUUUCAUCUGGGGCAUAUGACUCAGUGCGGCUCGAGCUUGUCGCGUGAUGUUAUCGGUUGUCGUGUGUGUGGUCUGACAAGUCAAGUAGCAGUCUUCACAGGCAGAUGUAGACAAUCAAUAGGAAUCUCAUGAAGUAUGAGAUAUGAUAGAAAC